AUGGCGCACUACUUUGACGAGAACAUUGGCGAGCGGAAACCGCUCUAUGGACUCUACGCGCAGAGGCAGAGGUCGAUCGCCGAGACGCCCAAUUACAUGAGCAUGGGCCCGGCGAAUGCACCGCCAGCGCAAGUGGAGGACGAGGAGGACGGGAUCAAUUGCAGUCCGUGUUGUGAUGAUGACAAUGUUAGACGUGCCCUCCGUGCAAUCUGGCUUGGCCAAGUUCUGUCCUUAUGCCUCUGUGGCACAGGCGUCUCCAGUCAGCUUCUCUCCAAUGCUGGCAUUAAUGCGCCGGCAGCUCAAAAUUUGACCAACUAUUUCCUCCUCGCCUGUGUCUAUGGCACGGCACUCGUUUGGCGAGGCGAUCGAGAUGAUGGCUUUAUCGCUGUUUUGAAGACGCGAGGCUGGAAAUACUUCAUCUUAGCCCUAAUCGACGUGGAGGCAAAUUAUAUGAUUGUCUACGCCUAUAAAUAUACUACCGUAACCAGUGUACAGCUGCUGGAUUGUAUGACAAUCCCGACGGUCCUAUUAUUAUCAUGGUUAUUCCUCUCCGUCCGCUAUCUUCUUUCGCACAUCAUCGGAGUGUGCAUAUGUUUGCUCGGAAUUGCCUGCCUCAUCUAUGCCGAUAUUUUGCAGGAGAAGGGCAGCAUUGGAGGAAGCGACAGGCCACUCGGCGACCUCUUAUGUAUCAGCGGUUCCGUUCUUUACGCGGUGUCAAACGUAUCUGAGGAAUUCCUCGUGAAACAACACUCCCGCAUCGAAUAUCUGGCGAUGGUCGGCACGUUCGGCACGUUCAUCGCCGCCAUUCAAUCCGCGAUCCUCGAGCACAACACGUUGGCCUCUAUCUCUUGGACAUGGCCUCAUAUUGGCUCGUUUGCCCUCUAUGCACUCUGCAUGUUCAUCUUCUACUCAAUGUUUACGGUGGUCCUGCAACGCACCUCGGCGCUGAUGAUCAACCUGGCCACGCUGACCGCCGAUUUCUAUUCGUUGCUGUUUGCGCUGUUUCUCUUCAAAGAUUCGUUCCACUUCCUGUAUUUUGUGUCGUUCGUGGUGACGCUGAGCGGUUCGUUGCUGUACACGCUGAGGCCGACCGAAGUAAGGGAUGCCGAUGAGCCGCGCCGCGUGUGCCCUGUUUUUUCGCGUGUUGUUAUUGUUGUGAUUGUUGCUUCGAGGCGACUGAUGGGAGCACGAGGGGCAGUUUUAAUAUUUCUCCUUCACCCCUUCCAUCCUCAUCUGCCCCAUCGAAUACAUUUGCGUUGUAUAUGGGGCAUACGGAUACAAGAUUCUGCCCAGUCCAUGGAAGCCGAGCAGCAGCUCAUGCUCACAGCACACCCAUUAUGCCAGCCCGAAAUGGAAGACUGGCCGAGACGCGGACUUGAUCGUCUCAACUUAAAUUUAAAUCUCAAACCCCAGCCUCGUUGCCAUCAAUUCCAGCACUACGGAUACAAUUUGUGCCAUAUUCCAAUGCUGACACGGGUCAUAGGCGAGAUUGGGAAUAAAAUU